CGGAGCCCGAGUCGAUCGCAGUCGCAUUCGCAGUGGCAGUGGCAGUGGCACUGGCAGUCGCAUUCGCAUUCGCAGUGUCCGGACGUAGACGCAAAGAGACGUAUGACGGCGAUGCCGUAGUAGUAGAUCGCGAAGCGCUUUUCGCCAAACAAACACGAAAAGUGUGCGCCACUAGUUUCAAAUCCCGCAGAGCGUCGCGAGCUGUGGCCGGCAACGGAACAGAAUCAGCGAGUCCCGAUAAAAGUCAGCGCACUCAAAAUUCGCAGCACCAACACCAAACGAAACAUACAACAGCAACAGCAACAACAACAACAUCGCGAACGUGUGUCUUGUGAGAGUUCGUUCAACGUCGCGAGUUUUUGUGUUUUAUUUGUGCAUUUUUUGUCGAUCGGGUUCCCAGGGCCGAAGAGCAUGGGAAAAACUGGCUAAGGAUACGGCAACGCACAGGCAAUAAUCGGGAACAGAACAGCCAGCUGAAGGAGAAGAAGAACCAACAGAAUAACAACAAAAAUACAAAAACGAAAAACGAAAAACUGAAACUGGAAGCUGAGCUUCAGCUCUCUUAACCCAGGCACUGCGCUUUGAUUAAAGCGCGCGUUUAAUUUCAUUUUUUACGCUACUCCAACAAGAAGAAGAAGAGUUUUUGUUGUUAUUUUUUAUUUAUUUAUUUUUUUUUUUGUGGUGCGGCUCCACCCUUCCAACUAUUUUUCAACAUUUUGUGCUUUGAUUCGCUGUUCACAUUUGGGGCCCUGGCCAACUAGCCAACUGGCCGACUGGCUGCUUUUGGCCUGGACACGACAACAACAACAGCAACAGGCAGAGCAUCGACAGCGACUCCUGCGCUGGCUGGCUCCUUGGGCGUUGCUCAGUACGCCGGCAGCUUUCUCCGUAUCAUCAUCGCCAUCAUCAUCAUGAUGAUCUUGAGUUCUUUGUGAUCGCCAAACGCUGAUCGCUGAUUGCUGAUCGUUGAUCGUGGAUCGUCGAUCGUGGAUCACCCGAUCUCUGAUCGAUUUUCGCGCCGCAUCUUUUGUCGCCUGUGCACAGGCAUUGGAGUUCGUCAAGUGCCUCCAGCCUCAGUUUGCGCCACGUCUGAACUGAAAGUAUCUGAGCGCUUGACGCUUGAUUAAUUCGCUCGUCGGCAAAGCUGCAACCUAAUUUCAUUUAGUUUUGUUUUUGUUUUUGUAUUUGUUUUGUUUUGCUGGCUCGUUUUGCGAAAUAUUCUAAUAAAAACACAUCUCGUACUCGCACUCGCACUCAUCGCGGCCGCAAUAAAAAUACCUUUAACUACCUGCCCAAACACUGCAACAACAACAACAACAUCAACCAACAACAUCACUCGAGACUGGGCCACAUUUGUUGUUGCCGCUGUUGCGGCUUCGGAGCGAUAUGCGGUUAUUCAUGGUAAUUGCAAUUUUAAUAUUUGCAAUGCCAAUGACGGGAUUCGGCUGGGCCGAGGGCACCAACAUUUUACUCGAUCCAAAUCUAAUGUGCAAAAAGUCGCGACGUCUGCGCGGCAAGCUGGCUGACAUCUGCCGGCACGACUCGGCGCUGCUCAAGGAGAUCAUCAAUGGGAUCAACCUGGGCUUCCGCGAAUGCGAGUUUCAGUUUCGCAAUCGUCGCUGGAACUGCACGGUGCUGCGCAAGAGCAUGAGGAAGAUCUUGAUGCGCGAUUCCCGGGAGACGGGCUUUGUGAAUGCCAUAACGGCGGCGGGCGUUACCUAUGCAGUGACCAAGGCCUGCACCAUGGGCCAGCUGGUGGAGUGCUCCUGCGACAAGUCGCACAUGCGCCGCAAUGGCGGCCAGCCCCAAAUGGUGAAUGCAGCAACGGCGGAGGCAGCGCUCGAGCGGCAGCAGCAGGCGGCAAUGCUGCGGCAACAGCAACUUCAGCUGCCACAGCGCAGCCACAGAAACAGCAGCAGCAUAACGGAUCUUUCGCUGGACAGACAACGCAACGGGCAUCGGCCGGGCGGCAGGCGGGGGCGACGCAAGUUCUGGGACAACAUUAAGUUUCCGCAGGGCGAGUGGGAGUGGGGCGGCUGCAGCGACAAUGUGAACUUCGGGCUGCGGCACUCGCGCGCCUUCCUCGACGCCAAGCAGCGGCAGCGACGCAGCGAUCUGGGCACACUGGUCAAGCUGCACAACAACAAUGCGGGAAGAUUGGCGAUACGCGAUGCGAUGCGCUUGGAGUGCAAAUGCCAUGGAUUGUCCGGGUCGUGCACGGUGAAAACCUGUUGGCUGAAGAUGCCGCCGUUUCGUGAGAUAUCGGCACGACUGCGCGAUAGGUACGAUGGGGCGCGCAAGGUGGCGCUACGGAACGAUGGCAACAGCUUUAUGCCCGAGACGCCGCACACGAAGCCGGCGAACAAAUACCAGCUGGUCUAUGCCGACGACUCGCCCGACUUUUGCACAGCGAACCCGAAGACCGGAGCGCUGGGCACCCAGGACAGGGAGUGCAAUGCCACCUCGACGGGCCCCGACAGCUGCGAUCAGCUCUGCUGCAGUCGGGGGCACAAGCAUCGCGUCGUUACCGAGUGGACCAACUGCAACUGCGUCUUCAAAUGGUGCUGCGAGGUGACGUGCGAGAAGUGCCUGGAGCACCGUGAGGUUAACACCUGUCUCUAGAUGGGCACGGUUACAGCAGUGGGAGUGGGAGUUGGGGCGGGGGGCACGGGUAUUUGAUUUUUGGGGUUACAGUCUCGGCAUAGUCAUGAACACAUUUGAAAGCUUUCCAUUUCGCGUGAUAAACAACAGUUUGAAACACACCAUGUUUUGCUGCAGUCCACAUUUAAGUAUUAACUAACACUAGAGAGUAGAGAGAUGUGAAACAAAGAAAAACACACAAACACUAUGUAAACGAUUUUAUUAUAGCCAGGCUCUAGGCCAAACUAGCUGUAAAUACUACUUGUAUAUCCUCAAUAGUAUGAACCAUGUAAGCCUGUAAAUAGUCUUAAUAAAGAACAUGCAAGAAAAACAAA